AUGGACGUACUUGAAUUACCUCGACCUGUUAUUAAUUUUCUUCGAACAAUGGCCAAAGAAAGUUGUCGUUAUGCUCUUUCAUGGGAUAUAUUUGGUGGACCUGAUUCAGUUACAUUAACAUUAACAUGGAAACUUAUUGAAGAUGAAUCACAAUCAUCAAUAAUUAAUGAAGCAUCAUCAUUAUCAUCAACAACUGCAGCAGCAGCAGCAGUAUUAAAGCAACAACAAAAUUAUGAGGAUCCUCAUAUUCGUACACGUACAACAGUUAAAAAUAGCAAUUCAUCAUCUUCCCCACGUCGCUCACGUCGUGAUGAUCAUACUUCUACAAAUGAAAAUGCUUCCGUACCAGCUAUAUUUCGUUCAUCCCGAGGCAAAAGUCUUGAAGAUCCUCAUAUACCAUCAAAUAAACAAAUUACUUCUUUGCAUCAUCAACAGACAAAAGAACAUCAACAUGUAUCAAGUUUAGAACGAUCACCAAUGCCUAAUCAUUAUCAUCAUCGUACAAAAAAAGAACCACAAAAACCAGUAUCAGUACAGUCAGAUCAAAUCUAUGGAAAUCUUUAUAAUACACGUUCACCAUCUGUUGUUAAAUGUGCCACUAUUUCUUCUUUAUCGAGUUCGUCGCCGUCUCCUCAACCAAAUAUUACUACUAAUACUCCUACUCCUACUCCUACUAAUAAUAAUAACAACAAUCCACCUUUAUCUACUGCAUAUAGUCAUCAUCAACGAAUUAAACAACAACAACAGCAGUACCCACAACAAAAAUCUAUAACUCCACCAACUCUUCGAAAACCGAUACGUCCAGUAGCUACUAUAUCUCGUACACCAACAAUACCGAUGUCUAGUAAUACAUCAUCAAAUUAUGCAAAAUUAAAACGAGCUGAUAAUAUUGCUAUACAUAAUGAUGUUGUUGACGAUGAUGAUGAUGAUGAUACACUUGAUCCAUGGGUAAAACGUUUUGAAUGUUCACUUGAAGAUAAUGACGAUGAUGAAACUACAGAACAAUUGGAAGAAAAAGAGCAUAUGCCUCCGGCAACUACCACUAUAACUAGUAUGGAUGAUUCAGCUAAUACAUCUGGCAAAGUUAAAUUUAAAACAAAACCUGAUUAUUUCUAG